AUGGCUUUUCAGGACCUCCUGAAUCAAGUAGGCAGCCUGGGGAGAUUCCAGAUCCUUCAGAUGACUUUCAUUUUCAUCUGCAAUAUCAUGAUGAGUCCUCAUUCUUUUCUGGAGAACUUCACUGCAGCCAUUCCCAGUCAUCGCUGCUGGGUCCCCAUCCUUGACAAUGAGACUGUCUCUGAUAAUGACAGCGGGACCCUGAGCCAAGAUGACCUCCUGAGGGUCUCCAUCCCACUGGACUCCAACCUCAGACCAGACAAGUGUCGUCGCUUUGUUCAACCACAGUGGCAUCUUCUUCAUCUGAAUGGCACCUUCUCCAGUGUGAAAGAGCCAGACACAGAGCCCUGUGUGGAUGGCUGGGUGUAUGACCAAAGCACCUUCUUCUCUACCAUUGUGACUGAAUGGGACCUGGUAUGUGAAUCUCAGUCACUGGAUUCAAUAGCUAAGUUUCUGUUCUUGAGUGGUAUGUUAGUAGGAAAUGUCCUAUUUGGUCACUUAACAGACAGGUUUGGGAGGAGGUUGAUGUUCAUAUGUGCUUUACUGCAAAUGGUCAUCACCGAAACCUGUGCAGCAUUUGCUCCCACCUUCCUUGUCUAUUGCUUGUUACGCUUCCUGGCAGGGAUCUCUUCCACAACCAUUUUGACAAAUAGCGGCUUGCUCAUGAUAGAAUGGACAAGACCUAAAUUCCAAGCCAUGGCAACUACACUGUUAUUAUGUGCUGGGGCGAUUGGACAGAUACUAUUGGCAGGCCUGGCUUUUGCUGUUCGAAACUGGCACCACCUCCAUCUGGCUGUAUCUGUACCAAUGAUUUUUUUACUUGUACCCUCAAGGUGGCUGUCAGAGUCAGCUCGAUGGCUGAUUAUGACCAACAAACCUCAGAAGGGCUUAAAGGAACUUAGAAAAGUUGCACACAUAAAUGGAAUGAAGAAUUCUGGAGAUGUCCUAACCAUAGAGGUUGUGAGAACCACCAUGAAGGAGGAACUGGAGGCCUCACAGACAAAAAUUUCCCUGUGGGACUUGUUCCGUACGCCCAACCUGCGCAAGCGGAUAUGUCUUCUGUCCCUUGUGAGAUUUGUGAUAUGGACAUCUGCAUUUGGCCUGCUGAUUAACUUCCAGCACCUAAGGACAAAUGUCUUCCUAUUGCAGUGUCUUUUUGGUACACUCUCCAUUCCGGCCAAUUUAUUUGGAAUUGUUUUAGUGAAUCACAUGGGACGUAGAACAAGUCAACCGUUUAUCAUGUCCCUGUUUGGAAUUUCUCUUUUGGCCAUAGCAUUUGUGCCUCAAGAAAUGCAGAUCCUACGUAUGAUUGUGGCAACUUUGGGAGGAGCUUUUUCUAUCGUCUCUGUUGGCAGUACUCUUCUGCAUUCAAAUGAGGUACUCCCCACCAUAAUCAGGGCAACUGCUUUAGGAGUCGUUGGAAUUGCUGGUAGUGCUGGGGCAGCCCUGUCUUCCCUGUUUAUGAUCCUCAAGACAUAUUCUGCCUCCUUGCCCUGGAUCAUCUAUGGGGUCCUCCCCUUCCUUGGUGGCCUUGUUGUCCUUCUUCUUCCUGAGACCAAGAAUCAGCCUCUGCCUGACUCCAUCCAAGAUGUGGAAAAUGAAGGGAGAGUCUCCAGACAAACAAAGCAGAAAGAUAUGUUCAUCAAAGUGACACGGUUUUAA